AUGAGAACAGAUAGAUUGAUGAAGCCAACGACAUCUUCUCUCAAUCAUAGAGUUAAGGCGGACCUUCAGUCUUAACUUCAAUCCAUUAAAACUAACAUAUACUAAUAACUGCCACCAUAAUAAUCUGCCUAGCAAUAACAAUUCCAGUAUUCGAUACCUGUGAAGCUAUAAAGCUAAUAGUCACAAAGAUCCUUUUUGAAUUAUACCAGUUUAUCCAACAACAACUCAUCCAUGGGUCUAAGCAAUACUCAUUCCCAACUGAAUCUCAAAAAUAUAAUCUUAAAUAAUCAUCACAUAAAAGGAAAUAAAAGUAUGCAAAAUCAUGCCUCAAGUAGUUCGAUACCUAGUAGUAUGUUAUUUUAGGCAGAUUCAGUUAAAAGAUAGUGGUUAAACAAACAUGGCAAGUCUAACUUUGUAGAUUUUAACGAUGAGGAACUUGCAAAGCUUAGAAAAUAUUUUAGGGAAUUAGAUACAGAUGGAUCUGGUAGUAUUGGGCUUGAGGAGUUAGAAUAACCUUUGAUCUCUCUUGGUUUAUGCAGCAAUAGGAAAGAAGUUUAAGCUAUAAUGAACUCUGUAGAUGAGGAUAAGAGUGGUUAAAUAGAGUUUAAUGAGUUUCUAAAUAUCAUAAAAGGAGCAUCUAACUUUAAAAAUACUGAUAGAGAUUAGUCAAAAACGACAACAAGAAAUAAGUCCUUUGGAACAGCAGAAUAGUCCAACAGGGAUUUUAGAUUGAGAACCAACAUAUCUAAAAAGAAAUCUUUACCUCCUUUAGGAUAGAAUACAUAUUCAAAGAGAGAUUUACCAAAGUACAAUAAAGAGAAUGAUGAAAGUUCAGAGAACCAAGCCAUUUAUAAACUCUUUAAGAAUCUUACUAAUGGUAAACUCAAAUCUUCCGAGAAUCCAAAUAUCCCAUUUUAGCUAUUUCUUAGUAACUACCGUCGCAGAAGAAUACUUGAUGCAGUUAUGAAUAGUAAUGAUAAUAUCAUGAACGCAAAGACUAAUGAUAUUUUGAGGGUUUAUAAGAAUUUCUUAGAUGGUGAGGGGGAGCAUAAAAGAAAAUAGUCUCAUGGUGAUGGUGAUGACCCCAAUGAAAUUCUAAUAGAAGAUUUGGAUGAUGAACCUAAGUAUAAUACUAUUGAUUAAUACAAUGUAAUGGAGGCAGAUAAGUUACUGUUUGAUACUUAGAUUGGUGAGGAAUUCAAUCCUAAGCUUUUGACUAAGAUCUUAUAGAGUAAAAAUCAUUAUUGA